CAGCAGCGCCGCCUGGCGCCAGCCUUCUACAGAAGGGCAACGCAGAUGCCUGCACUACGGUGCGUGUAGUGCUUCGGAAGCGGUGUCACGGGGGGCAUCCUUGCGCUUGUCGCAUUCGUGCCGUGCGUGCCUGGAGUGCUGAGAGCGUCCAUCAAGAGCCAUGGCCGAGUUUAAUGGUGGGUCCUCCAAAGUUUCAUGCGGUCCACGAAGAAAACCGAGCGAGCUGUUAGCAAACAUGGGCUCGGCGAGGAGUUAUUUCUCCGGCUCCAAUAUAAACUACCUGAUGCCAUGCACGAGCAGCGAGGGUCAACUUUGCCACAUCUUCGGACACCUUCCCUUGUGGAACGAAUUCUUCUGGCAGGUGGGUCUCGAGCUGAGGGAGCUCUCUCCGGGCGAACUGUCUCUCGUCGAUGUGCGUGAUGCACAAGUGCUCUGGGCGAACGAAGCGUACGUUCCCCAUGGCACGCCGGAGCAGGUGCACGAAGCCGCCACACUCUUUCACCAUUUGCUCACGCUUCACCACUGCGUUGUUUCGGUGUGCCUGAAUAACUACAUAUUCGCGGGCCACGUUCCGCUCAUAUGCGACACGUUGCGCAAGAGCCCGAGCCUCAGAAAACUGGGGUUUUUCCUGGUGCAGAUGAAAAUUCAGACGUCACAUAGCUUCGCCGCAACGCUGCCGCAUCUGAACAACCUGCGGGAGCUCGAUUUUAGCGAAGUGCACAUCGACCAGACUCUCCUGGAGACUUUGUCGCACUUCCUAGCAAGCACCGCGUCUCUGAAGACAUUCUCCAUGGGCCAUCUGCAAAGCCAUUGCGAUGGCGCGGUCGUCUUCUUUCGGGGACUCAAGCGGAACGCGACAAUCACGCAGCUGUCAUUUUGCUCGUGUCUACUGCGCCCUAUAUCGUACCGGUGUGGCCUUAUUUUCGCAGAUUACUUGAGCGAAAACCAAACCCUGCACACUCUCAGCGUGUCGUCAUGCAACCAGUAUGCUUUUGAAGAAGUUUGUCUUAUCGUGGGAGCGCUAGCCACCAACAACGCUCUCUCCAUGCUUGACUUGUUCAAUUUUUGGUUAGACGACGAGAACAUUCAGUCCAUCUCCCGGCUUCUCUGCCGUAACCAAACAUUGAAGACCUUGUACCUGGUCCAAUGCUUUUUGUACGAACACGCGCAGCCGCACAACGCCGGCGCUUACGUAAACCACAUAGAGAAAUUUGGCAGCGUCUCCAGUCGCGUAAGUCCCUGGUUGGUGGCUCUCACCGAGAAUAAGACACUGGUAAAGCUCUCCUUGGAUCUCUCGUGGUUCAACAGGAAUGAGUGUGAAUCCUUGUUCAAGGCGCUCGCGUCACAUGAGUCCUUACGUAAGGUCUACGGUCACCGCGUACGAAACAAGGACAUGGCUGAGAUAUUCGAAGCCCUGCGAAAUGCCGGCCUGCAGGAGCGCUUUUCGUUCGACAUACCCCACGUGCUUCAGGACAUUGCAGUUGCGUCAACAGCCUGCGAGAAAAUAUGGAGUGCCAGCGUUGACUCAAGCGUUCUCGGCGGUUUCGAAUCAUUACACAGCAUACUGGGCGCGCUGCCAUCGUGCAAACACGUGACGUGGCUGCAACUUUUACUGCGACCGGAGCAGUUCGACUACACGACAAGCUCCUUGAUUACGACGUACCUUACGUCCACAACAGCACUCAGGGAGCUGGAACUGUACUUCGUUGGAUUCGGGACCUGGAACGCCUUCGACAGGCCUGAGCGGGCACUGGUGCAAGCGCUGUCUGCAAACAAGACCUUAUACAGGCUCUCUAUCCAAGGUCUGUGCUUCGACGACACUGAGACUCAGAUUCUGGCGGACAUGUUGUCUUCAAGCCGCAUGGUUAUGUCCCUGAACUUCUACCCGGAUGAUCACAAGGCGACCACCUCUCUGGUCCAGAAGCUGUCGUUCAACAUUUCAAGAAACUACACGCUCCUCGGCGUGCUGGUGACCAGGUGCGUUGAGCUCGGCAGCGACUGGUUCACCGUCGCUGACGUUGUGCACCGCAACAACUUGUUGGUGACGCGGGCGUCGCACUUCGUUAUGGGAACGGAUCACAAGUACUGCGCGGCAGCUUUGGAAAUGGUGCAUUUCACACCUGGACUGGUGACAAGAGUGCAGAGACUUGCAUCCGUCGACAAAAACGAGGCCACGUUGCGGAUCGACAGAAGCCUCAGGAGUAUUUCCGAGCUGGAUGUUUUCAUGCGCAUCGCGAAGGUCGUAAAGGAUAGUGUGACUUGCCACAGGCGCGAUGAUGGUCAGAUGCAGCUGGUGGACCUCAAUCGGGACUGCUGGUUACACAUACGGCAGUACGUCAAGAUAGACGACAUUCUGAAUGAACAGUAGGAGCAAGAGCGGGGCCAGAACAGAUCCCUACAGAACACCCGACAGGACCUGAACAUCGUCGGAACUAUGCCCAUUAUAUUGCGCAAGCUGGUAGCGAUCUGAAAGGACUACACGAUGCAUUCGCGCCAUUUCUGUCUGGCUGGUGCGCUUACUGUGGACACAGCCCGGCACAUCAUACUGCCCUGGAUGACAAAACAUUGCGACACAAGAGCCAGGCACAGUGUUGUCGAGCGACUGGCCAGCAGCUCACACCUUGCAGGAUAACCAGCAGCAGCGGCGAAAGUAGAUAUUGAUGACAAGCCAGGAGCCCGCCCAUCGCCUGACCCAAAAAUUGUGAGGGAGACGACAACAAGGCGUUCUACUGCGAUCGAGUGCAACAGCAUUUGAUGCUUUCGGUUGACGCAGUCCUAGAGAAAGCCCUUAAUUAGUGCUUGACGACCUCCUAUAUUAAGGACCUCACAUACCCAACUUGGUACGCUCAACACUUCGUCUCGUGCAGCGUACAAUGAGAAAUACCCAUGGCAGCUGGGCUUCCCAGGUGUUUUGCCGGGAGGAAGCUGCUGAAGGUCAUUGAAGAGAUCAAAGGUAUUUGUUAAGCACCAGAAUGUAGUUGUCCGAAAAACAUCGGACCACAUGUUUCUCGUUUUCCUCAGUGCUGGCCAUUGCUUUUAGCGCUGUUUAUAUUGUUUUACAAUAAAUACCUGUUUGUACACGUAAA